AUGGAGGAGAAGGUAGGCAGGGGAGUUCCUUCUUCCGGUAUCUUCGCUCUCCUUCUUGUUCUCCUGCUGGUAUCGCACUGCUGCUCCGGCGUCCGAGGGGUCGCUUCCUCCGGUGUACGGGAGGAGGACAAGGUGCUGCAGUUGCCGGGGCAGUCCUUCAAUGUCAGCUUCGCCCACUACUCCGGCUAUAUCACAGUCAACGAAGAGUCCGGGAGGGCCCUCUUUUACUGGUUCUUUGAGGCCGCCGAGGACCCCCCCUCGAAGCCCCUCGUCCUCUGGCUCAACGGAGGUGAUCUCCUAAUUUCUUCCCAUCUUUCUGCGAUGCUGUUAGAUGUUUCACUUCGGCAAUCCACGACUCUGUGACUGCUCCUGAGGCGUCGAGGUUUGCAUUAGGGUUCAUGGGGUUCAUGCGAUUCUCCUAACGGAGACUCUUGGGUGGUUUGAUCGAGAGGAGAUGUGUUUGCAGGUCCUGGAUGCUCUUCUGUGGCUUAUGGAUUGGCAGAAGAAGUGGGACCUUUCCAUAUUAAUCCAGAUGGGAAAAGUCUCUAUCUGAAUUCGUAUUCGUGGAACCAGGGUGAGUUUCCUGGGAUCCCCUACGAUUCCUCUGAGCAAUGUCCGCGAUCACAAUAUUAUUUGGGUUCUCUGUGAAGAAUUAUUCAUUACUCGUGCUUUGACUUUUGUUUCUGUCUGGAAAGACUCAUUGGUAAAUCAGGCCGCUGAUCCCUGUCUUUGACAUUAGCUCCGAGUAUUUAUAGAAAAGGGCUAAAUUGAUCCUCACCAAAAGAACGAUUUGCCAUUUUUUGCCUAAAAUUAUGCAUAAAAGUUCCUUAAUCGCAUUAUCUUGUCCUAUUUCAGUAAAUCUGAUUUACUUUUUUUGGGUUGCCACGUACCUCAGACCGAUAGUUCCUACAUAGCUCACAUUUUUUUAGUUAUUUCCAUUUUAAAAUGCUUAAAAAUCAUUGUGAUUUCCCCCGUGUUUAAGUUACUGUGAUUUCCUUUAUUUUUUCAUCCUCUUAAAAAUAGAAAAUUUAAUUCCUUUUUUUUCUAAUUUUAGCCGAAGAUGCAUAAGUAGUUUUCUUUCUAUCGUAUCUGAGUAAUCCUCAGAACAGCCCAUCUUUCCCAUUUUUCUAUUUUUAGUAAAAAAAUGUGGAAGAAGGUUCCUGAAAGAGGUUUACUUCCCCAUUUUUGGCACACGACGAGGUCUCAUAGGAGCAUGUGCGAGAAACCGUUGACUUUGUCUUUUCUAUUUUUUCUCUCUGCCACACAGCUGCAAAUAUCAUCUUCCUCGACUCGCCUGUUGGCGUCGGCUACUCCUACUCGAACAACUCCAAGGAUAUACAAAGCAACGGCGAUGAACGGACUGGUAAGAGACUGAAGAGCCCCCUCCACCCAAUUGCCAGCUGGAAUUGGAUUGGUGGGCAAAAUGGCGAUCCAAACCCAAUCAGGAUCAGACGCAAUGCACUGUAUCGAAUUACCUGAUGAAAUUUAUUUUUUCUUUGGGGGAAAAAUAUGAUUUUUUUUUCUGUUUUGAUGAUUUGAUCGACAAUCAUGCAGAAUGCUUUUCUUUUUUAAAAAAAAUUCUUUGCAGCAAAAGAUUCAUUGGAAUUUCUGAAGAAUUGGUUCAAGGAGUUCCCUGAUUACAGUGGGCGAGACUUCUACCUGGCUGGAGAAAGCUAUGCUGGUCUAAUCUCAUCUCUCAUCCCUUUCUUUUUUCCUUCUCAUAUUUCCAUUUAUUUUAUUUUAUGGUCCAUUAAAAUUUCCUCCUAAUAUUUCCCUGUUUGACUAUACAGUCCACUCAUUAGAACUUAAUUUAUGGGCACUCGUUUAUGAUUUUUAUUUUUAUUUUCUAUCAUAUUUCCGUAAUUGAUUCUCUUCUACUGUUCAAACCUUAAUUAACGGGUGCUUAUGCAUUUUUCUGCAGGACAUUAUAUUCCUCAGUUGUCCCAGGCGAUUGUCAGAUCUCAAAAGCUGACUGAAGGAAGCUCGAUCAAUCUAAAGGGUUUCAUGGUCUGGUUCUUCGCUCAUUUUCUCCUUAAUCUUACAUAAAAUACUGAGGAAAAAAAUAAUCUGGAUAAUCAUUGUUUUAAAAAGAUAUAAAAAAUGUUCGGAAUGACUGAGUAUUUUGGUCUCUAUAUGGAGAGGAAGAAAGCUUAAAGGACUAAUUUUUUUUAAUGGAUUUUUUUUGGGCUACUUAUUUGAUCAAAAAUGAGGGGAUCAGUCGGAGAACCCAUUAUUUUUUUUUUCUAAAAAUAUGGAUUAAUUUGAUGGGUUUCAUGCAGGUGGGGAACGCUUUGACCGAUGAUUUCCGAGAUCGCUUGGGGAUAUUCCAGUUCAUGUGGGCCUCGGGCCUUAUAUCCGAUCAGACCUUCAAGCUGCUCAACCUUUUCUGUGACUUCCAAUCCUUUGUGCACAUCUCUCCGCAAUGCAAUAGAGUGCUCGAUCUCGCCGAUGAGGAGAUCGGGAACAUCGACCCCUACAGCAUCUUUACUCCCUCCUGCACUCAGAGCGGCAGCUUCUCGAGGGACAAGCUGCGGAAGAGGCUCCAUGUGAGUAGUAACUUCUGUUAUCGUACUCGUUGGGGUUGACUUUUGGGGCCUCAGCCUGAAGAAAACCGGGUCAACUCCAGCUGGGCACCAAGCUUACCCUUACAUGCUGAGUCUAUUUAUUUGCCUUUUGACGCCACAGCCUGAAGAAAACCGGGUCAACUCCAGCUGGGCACCAAGCCUACCCUUACAUGCCGAGUCUAUUUGACUUCUUUCCUAAGGGCGACCCUAUCCCUUUGCUCCAUUUGUCCACAGCCAAAUUCUUCGGAUGUCUCUUCAAUCUGUGCCAGGAUUGGCCGGGGCCUGCCUAAAUAUGGAAAAAAACCAAGCCCAGCUAGUUGGACUUCAUUUUUUUUUUUCCUUUUUGGGGAGUGGUGGGGGGUGGAAUUUGAGUUCCUAGUCAAAGACAAUGGUGCUCAUCUGGAGCCUCUGAAUCUCACUCAUGUUGUGAUGUCUACCUGCUCUUUGUAUGGCAGUCUUUCGGGAGGAUGGGAGAAAAGUACGACCCCUGCACCGAGCAGCAUUCGACGGUGUACUUUAAUUUGCCAGAGGUUCAUACGGCCCUUCAUGUCCACCCUGCAGCCACGCAGUCCAAGUGGGAAACUUGCAGGUUGGUGCAAGUUAGAGAGAGAGAGAGAGUGGGAGGGGGAGAGUGAGAGAGAGAGAGAGUGAGAGGGAGGGAGAGAGAGAGAGUGGGAGGGAGAGAGAGAGAGAGAGAGAGAGAGAGAGAGAGGUGGGAGGAGAGAGAGUGGGAGGAGAGUGAGAGAGAGAGAGAGAGAGAGAGAGAGAGAGAGAGAGAGAGAGAGAGAGAGAGAGAGAGAGAGAGAGAGAGAGAGAGAGAGAGAGAGAGAGAGAGAGAUUAAUUCCUUAAUGAUCUUAUUUCUUUUAAUGGGCAUAAAUUAAUCGGGGUUUUUUCUAUUAUACUUUUCAGCGAUCUGGUCGGUGAGUAUUGGAAGGACUCCCAGCGGUCUAUUCUUCCUAUCUACCAUGAGCUCAUAGCCCACGGGCUACGCAUCUGGAUGUUCAGGUGACACAUCACCACUCGCAGAUCGUGCAGUCAUUUAUCACACCUCUCUUUUCCCAAAUAUUCUUUCAUCUUAUACGCUGCUAAAUAUGUAAAAAGUGUCCUUUUUAUUGCACAUAUCUCCAAAGUCGCAGAUGUCUCAUCAUGCAUGUUCCUAUGUAUGAACUCAUCUCAUCAUGCAUGAUACUAUGCAUGCGCUAGAAAAUAUGUAGCCAUAUUAUUGCACAUAUCUCCAAAGUUGAAGAUGUCUCAUCAUGCAUGUUCCUAUGUAUGAACUCAUCCCAUCAUGCAUGAUACUAUGCAUGCACUUAUUUAAUCAUAUUUUCCAAGUAGAUGGUCAUUUUUUCCGGGCACAUAUUCAUGAAAUUAUGACGUCAUUUGGGGUAUAUACCAGUAAGUAGCUUCCCUUUAACUUUUUUCCAGUGGGGACAAUGAUGCUGUGAUUCCGGUGACAUCGACUCGGUACAACAUCAAUGCCAUGAAGCUUCAGACCGUCACCCCUUGGCAUGCCUGGUAUGAUGACGGCCAGGUACGACCGUGAUCCCUCUGGCCAUUCUGUAACUAGGGUUUGAUUCAUGGGGAAUAGAUACUGCCAGCCAGAGUUUCUAUUUAUGGAAACCCAGUUAGUUCAUUGGAUAGCCUGAUCCUGCCCCUCGCCAUCUGGAUGAAAUGGGAUCGACCCAGUUGACCAGCUGGGUCAGGCUGGAUCAGGUCGGGUGGACAGAGUUGACCAAAACCCAAGUUCUGAGAAUUCCAUGGAAGAGAAUUGAAAGGGAAAGUAUGAUUUAUCAAGUCUGAAUUGAUGUAUUUAUAUACAGACCGGAUCGACGGAGUUGACCAAAACCCAAAUUCUGAGAGGUCCAUGGAAGAGAAUUGAAAGGAAAAGAUAUGAUUUACCGAGUCUAUAUAUAUACAGAUCAGGUCAACAGAGUUGACCAAAACCCAAGUUCUGAGAAUAUCAUGGAAAAGAAUUGAAAGGAAAAGAUAUGAUUUACCGAGUCUAUAUACAUACAGAUCAGGUCGACGGAGUUGACCAAAACCCAAGUUCUGAGAAUCUCAUGGAAAAGAAUUGAAAGGAAGAAUAUGAUUUACCGAGUCUGACUUGAUCUAUAUGUUUGUGAAAUUGCUAUGAGAUUAUUUUCUGAUUUGGUGUGUGUGUGUGUUGUGUUGUUGAUAUUGUUGAUGUAGGUAGGGGGGUGGACGCAGGUGUACAAGGGUCUCUCCUUUGUGACGGUGAGGGGGGCCGGCCAUGAGGUCCCCCGUCACAAGCCCAAGCUGGCUCUGGUGCUCUUCAGGGCCUUCCUCUCAGACAGCCCCAUGCCUACCCUCUCGGAGGUCGCCGAUUCUUGA